UUUGACAUUUGUGCUCAACGACAUUUUAACGAAAAACAUGUUAUAAUAUAAAAAAUAUUACAAAACUAUUAAAACCCUACACUAACCACAUGUUAUAUCCAAAUUAUAGCUAAAAUUUGUUCAAAGUGGCCAAAAGAUUCGGAAUAUAUCAAAUAUGGGACGUAAAAACUGUGAAAGAUGGACAAAAGAUGUUUUUAAAAAACUUAGAAAGCAAAGGUGCCAUGAACAUUAUCCGGGAGAGUAAAGACAGUAUGGAGCUGAUGGUAGAUGGAAACCGUAAGGUGCAGCUGGGGAAGCUCCUGCAGUCGAGGAGUAUUACCUACGUAGUGUCCUCGGAGCGAACGCCCCCGCCAUACUACCCAGCUACACCGAAGCUGAAUUCUAGAAACAAUAGUCCCAAGACAAGACCGAUAUCACCUUACAGCAGACUUUCAUAUGAUUCAAGCAAUUUUAACAAACGUGUUCUGGAUUGGAGAGAUUUUUACCCGCUGCAUUUUAUCAACGAUUUCAUGACAGAUUUGGAAAAGCAAUAUCCGUCGACAUGCACUGUUAUAUCAUUAGGCAAAACCGUGGAAGGUAGAGACAUAAAGGUGCUCAAAGUAUCAAACAGCGACGCCGGCAACUCUGGCGUCUGGAUAGACGGGGCGAUACAUGCGCGGGAGUGGAUCAGCGCGUCCGUCGUCACGUACAUCGCCAACCACGUCGUCAGACAUUUCACUAAGAGCUCCAAACACAUCACUAACAAGGACUGGUAUUUCGCCCCUGUUCUGAAUCCGGAUGGCUACGAAUAUUCUCAUUCCACUGACCGCAUGUGGCGUAAAAAUCGAAGUCGCUUAGGAAAUAAGAUCGUUGGAGUCGAUCUCAAUAGAAAUUUCGGAAAUACGUGGACGUUCACAUCUCAGGCUUGUGAUCCAACCCACCAAAAUUAUCCAGGCACUCAACCGUUUUGUGAGCCAGAAUGUGCUGCUGUUAAGGACCUGAUACUAUAUUCUGGUAUACGGUUCAAGAUAUUCCUCACAUUCCACGCUUACAGUGAGCUCAUAUCUUUCCCCUGGUGCUUCACAAAUGUACCAUGCCCUGACUACGUGACCUUGCUUGAAGGGGCCACCGUCAUCACAAAGGCUAUGUACGAUACCACCGGCCGCAUGUACAAAGUGGGAAACUUCAGAGAUCUCAUGUACCAUGCAGAAGGUACAAGCAUCGACUGGAGUUAUGGAGUAGCUAACAUACCUUUUUCAUAUCUCGUUGAAUUGAGGAGUAAAGAACAUAAAUUUUUGCUACCCAAGGAACAAAUUCUCGACUGUUGUAAAGAAUCAUUGAGUGGUGUAUUAGCUUUAGUCGAGUUUGUUGACAAAAAAAAGUUUUGAAACGCUUUGCUGUCUUACAUAAACCUUCGUGAAUAGUAUUUUACGUCCAUGUAUCUAUUGUAUUUAAGAAAUAUACGUUUAUGGUUUUUAACUGGAAA